CAUGAAACCGUGGUUUCCUUCUUCCUCAAUCACGGCAUUUGACCUUCGUUCGUGUGUGUAACCCUAACCCUAACCCUAACCCAUUUCCCACUUCAAACCCCAGUCCCUUCGAUGCUAACCCUAACUUGUCCAAAAUCGCCAGUGUAACCCUAACCCUAACAUCAACCACUAUGUAGAUCAGGUUAGUUAUCCUACAGUUUGGUCACGUGGAUUUGGUUUUACUUUCGAGCAUAGUUUUUGUAUGUAGAGUUUUUUGUUCUUUUAAAUAUCAAUUAUACUUGAUAAUUUUUGAUGGAUUGUUUUAUUCCAGCAUAGACUUGAAUUACAUUUGUAGUGAUGCUGAUGACUUUUGUUCCCGAUAACAUAGCAAAUAUAUGCUUCUGAAAGGCUGAAUAACACUGAUGUGGAUGUUUGUAAAUUUUCUUUCGAGUCAAAUAUUAAAUUUACCCACUACUGCAGACGUUUGAAAUUUAUGUCAUAUGUAAUUAACUCUGGAUUUACAUUUUCCUAGCCACCAAACAGAAUACCUCUGUUCCGAAAACUGCCUUCUGCUACAGGUAAUGUUACAGUUUCUUAAUUAAUUUUUACAUCAACUGUUUACAAUGUAAAUGUUAGAAUGUUACUUUUACAUCAAUCUUUACAAUGUUACAAGUAAUGUUAUAGUUUUUAGUUUAAUUGUUGCAUUCUGAAUUAGAUUUUUUUGCUUACAAUGUUACAAGUAAAGUUACAAAUCUUUAUGUCGACUCUUUAGGACCUGUUUUAGUUUAGCAUCAAGCCAGUUUAAUGAAUUACAACUUGUUUUUGUUUUUCCCUAAUUUAGCAUAUGAAUCAGAACAUGUCUACAUUUGUAUUUCAAAAAACACAAGUAAUGUUACAUCAAUCUUUAUAAUGUGUCAUUCUUUCUAAUGUAGACAAUUUAAUUAAACCUUUUUGGUCUAAUUAGAACCUGUUUUUGUUUGGACAUCACAAGUAAUAUGAAUACUCACUUUUUUUUUUCCCUUUACUUAUCAAAACAAUUGGUCUUUCCUGCUUACUUGCACAUUCUGAGAUGGCCUUCGUCCAGAUGUCAUCAUCACCAUCAUUAUCAUCAGCAAUGACUUCUUCAUCCUUUGCUAAAUCUACUGUUGGUCAACCAUUCUGCUACUGUGAGGUUCCAGCCACAUUGAGAUACUCACAUACGGGCAGAAAUCCAAGACGACCAUUCUUAGGUUGUUCGAAGUAUAACACAGAGGGAUUACCUUAUUGCAAAUUUUUCAAAUGGGCAGAUGGUAAUCAUGAAUAUGAACUGCAGCUUCAAGAAUGUUUAAAUGAAUUGUUAAGGAGCCAAAGAGAGCUCGAGAAGAAACUUGAUGACAUCAAGAAGACAUUGAUUCAGCUUUGUAAGAGAGUGGAGGAGACCGAGAAGAGAGAGUUGGGGCUUCAAAAGCAAAAAGUUGAAAAUUGUCAUUCACAUAGAUUACUCGGUCUUUAUUGGGCCUUUGUAGUUAUUGUGUCAUGUUAUAUAGUACUAUGUAGGUGAUUUUGGAACUUGGUAUAUGUUGUGAAGUUUGUAGGCUUAUGUUAGAGUAAUGUAGUUGGUAGUUAGUGCUUACUUAGAGUUCACCAAUGAAUUUUGGUAUGUUUGUACUUUGCUUAAAUACUUGAUCCAGCAUAACUUGUACCCUUGUAAUCAAAUUAUUUUGAGCUAGAUGGAAUAUAUCUGUUUUAGUUUUGUUUU